AUGACGACUAAACGAUUCCAGAUACCUUAUCCUGCUCUCACGCCAGGGCAAAGUGGUACGCAUUUAUCGCCGGCCCAACGAAGUCCCUCGAACAAACCUUUGCUGACAACGGUCCCUCUCCAGCGCCUUGCAAAAUGGUUCACCACCUUGUCGCCCAAGGAGAAGGCCAAGAUCGUCAAGGACGUUGCUCAGCUGGUUCUCGCCCGUAGAACUCGCAUGUGCAACUUCCUGGAGUAUAAGGAUUCCAAGAUCGUUUACCGCAGAUAUGCAUCGCUGUUCUUUAUUGCGGGAGCCGCGUCGGAAGAUAACGAGCUAAUCACCCUCGAAAUUAUCCAUCGCUACGUCGAGCAGAUGGACAAGUACUACGGCAAUGUCUGCGAGCUAGAUAUCAUCUUCUCCUUCACAAAAGCCUACUACAUCUUGGACGAGCUAUUAUUGGCGGGAGAACUUCAAGAAAGCAGUAAAAAGAACGUGCUGCGAUGCAUAUCCCAGCAGGAUUCGCUCGAGGACAUGGAGGUCGAGGACGAGGUUACAAAGAUCAUGUAA